AUGCCUGCCAAACGACACGCGGCCUCAACUACCUCCGCGCCGGCACCCGUUACGCCCGCAACUCUCUCUUCGGGCCCUUCAACCCUGAAGACUAAUGCUUCUGCUGCUGCAAUUGCGCAACAUGUUUGGGAGCAGUACCUUGCGACUACUCCGCAACGGACAUUGCUUCUGGAUGCUUUCAUGGCCUUCCUAGUUCUCGUCGGUGGACUCCAGUUCUUGUACUGUGUGUUGGCUGGAAACUACCCUUUCAACGCCUUCCUGAGUGGCUUCAGCGCAGCUGUCGGCCAGUUCGUCCUCACGGCCAGUCUUCGUAUGCAAACAAGUGAUAGCGGUUCCGGAUCAUCCAGCAAGCCCAGCUCCAAGGGGAAGAAUGCCCGUUUCGCAGAUGAUAAUGAGGAUCAGGGCUCUGGUACCUCGCACGAGAGAGCUUUCGCCGAUUAUAUCUUUGGAAGUCUGAUCCUACACUUCUUCUGCAUCAACUUCAUCAACUAA